AUGGCACGAAAUCCUCAUAUACUAGAUGGAUUAGAAUCUGUUAAAGCUCCUGCUGCUGACUUUUAUGACUUUGUUCAAGCGAGUGUUGACAUUCCCGAAGAAGGAUUUGAAGUAGAAUGUCAAGAUGAUGAUAUGAAUAUAGAAGGACUGCAAGAGUUUGAACAAGUUUUGGUGGAAGGGCAGACCAAUAUACUUGACGAAUCAGAAAAUGAUGAACAUGCUCAAAAUGAUGAUAUUACUGAAGAGUUCAGAAUUGGAUUAGAUCAAUUGUCGGAUGAUGAUAGCCAUGAAAGUAAUGCUGAAGAUGUUGAAGAAUCUGAUGCAAGCGAAAUAGAUUCAGCAAAGAAGAUCGUAAAAGAAGAAUUGGACAAACUAUUUACCAGACAAAGGGAAUUGACAGGCGAAGUGGCAAAAUUAGAAACCAACUUAAAUAAGAAACUUUCUGAUCUAAGAGGAGAGAUUAACGCUGUCAUGCAGGGACGAAUCCAAAAUCAAGUUAAUACAUUGUUAAUAGAAAUAGAGCAGAAGAAAAUUUUGUUAGCAGAGGCAGCACAGAGAGUAACUGGUAUUAAAGAAAAGAUGGAAUCAAAAGUUGAAGCUCUACUUGCAA